UAACUCCUUCAUCUUCUCUAUAUAUAAUCCAACACAUCGUCGUCUUUACUCUUUAAUUCAAUAAAUCUCACCAAAUCUUCUCUCUUAAUAUGGUAAAAGCUAAUGAAACCAGCGGAAGUCAUCACCGGAGACUCACUUUCGCCGACUUCUUAAACUCCGAUCCCGACGCCGGCAGAGAAGAGCACAACCAUGGUGGCCAUCCUAGUAGUAGCAACAACAACAACAAGGAUGUAAAUAGUUACCAACAACGUCAAAGCAAUGCUUCAACCACGAGCGGUGACUCCUCUCCCAACCAAGUUUUAUCACCAUGGAACCAGACUUACUCACCGUACCACACCGACACAACAACGACUCCUACUAUGUCUCCGUCUCCGUGGAACCAGACUUACUCUCCCUACUACAAGUCUCCGUGGAUCUACCAGACAAAAAACAUAGAUGAUGUUUCCGGCAACGGACUAAUCGGUACGAUCUUGAGACAAGAAGGUCACGUCUACUCGUUGGCUGCUUCCGGAAACCUUCUAUUCACAGGAUCCGAUUCGAAGAACAUUCGGGUCUGGAAAGACCUCAAAGAUUUCACCGGUUUUAAAUCAACCAGUGGUUUGGUUAAAACGAUAGUGAUAACCGGAGAUAACCGGAUUUUCACCGGUCAUCAAGACGGUAAAAUCCGAGUUUGGAGAGGGUCAAAGAAAGGAUACACCCGAAUCGGAAGCUUACCGUCUUUGAAAGAGUUUUUGACUAAGUCGGUGAAUCCAAAGAACUACGUCGAGGUACGUCGCCGGAGAAACGUUCUGAAGAUACGUCACUACGACGCCGUUUCGUGUCUAAGUUUAAACGAAGAACUCGGUUUACUCUAUUCCGGUUCGUGGGACAAGACUCUCAAAGUCUGGAGACUCUCCGACUCUAAAUGUCUAGAAUCGAUUCAGGCUCAAGACGACGCGAUCAACACCGUGGCCGCCGGGUUCGACGGUUUGCUAUUCACCGGAUCCGCCGACGGAGCUUUGAAAGUGUGGAAACGUGAGCUUCAAGGGAAAGGGACGAAGCAUUUUCUAGUUAACGUGCUGAUGAAGCAAGAGAACGCUGUGACGGCGUUGGCCGUUAAUUUAACGGCGUCUAUUGUUUACUGUGGUUCUUCUGACGGCUCCGUUAAUUUCUGGGAAGGACAGAAGUAUCUUUCCCACGGCGGGACUCUCCGCGGCCAUCGCACCGCGGUGCUAUGUCUCGCCGCCGCCGGGAGUCUGGUGCUGAGCGGUGGAGCGGAUAAUAAUAUUUGUGUGUGGAGGAGGAACGGUGAAGGGACACAUUCGUAUCUCUCGGUGUUGAUGGACCACGUGGGACCUGUUAAGUGUCUGACGGCGGUGGAAGAGACAGAGGAAGAAGGUGAUGGAAGAUGGAUAGUGUAUAGUGGAAGCUUGGAUAAAUCGGUGAAGGUGUGGCGCGUGAAGGAGACGGCGUCUCCGGUGAUUGGUUAGAUGCUUCGAGGAGGAGGUGAUAUUACGCGCCGUCAUAGUGCGUGGGAUGUGACUACGGAAAAAGGGAAUGUUGUUCCGCGGAACAUGUGAUUAUUUGCCUUUGUGGUCAAGACAAGUUUUAUGGCCGGCAAAAAGACGGCCACCUCGUCAAAGUAUCUCAAAGGUUCAGAAAGUACAUCUAUUUUAUUCAGUGUUCUUUGUAAAUUGUAACUGACAUAAUUUGAUUUACGUUUAAAAGAAACAAAAAGGGGAAAAGGUUCGGCUAUGUUCAGAAAA